AUGGUGCCAACAGGAAAAGUGGACUAUGCCUCGGGGGAGAGGGUUACAAAGCCCCUCUGUGUGCUUGAAUACAACAAAAAAAUGGGGUCUGUGGACAAUUUGGAUAAAUGGAACACAUUUGUUGAUUGCUCCAGAAAGACUUUCAAGUGGUACAAGAAGCUGUUUUUUUACAUCCUGGAUGUGGCUGUAUUCAACAGCUUUGUCCUCCACCGCCAAAUUACAAAGCAGGACAUAACGUACCCACAUUUCAGGGAGAAUUUGGCGCAUCAGUUACUGGAGGAUUUCCAAACGACCCGGCGAGCUUCAUCGGGUGGGCGUCCGACACUUGACAAUCCUCUCCGCCUCUCAGCUCGCCACUUCCCUUCCCUUCUAACCCAGACGCCAGGGCAGGGGAGUCGCACAAGGCGUCGUUGCAGGGUGUGCCAUACGACAACACGGCGUCCACAGGCCCGGAAGGUCACCAAAUAUAUGUGUGUCACCUGCGAUGUUGCCCUCUGCGUUGUCCCUUGCUUCGAGGAAUAUCAUUCACUCAAGUAUUAUUGA